AUGGCUUUCCGAUGGUUAGUUGUGACCUUAGCUGUGGCAUUAUGUUGUGUGGUGGUACCUGUUUACAGUCAAAUUAACACUCCAUGCACCCCAUCGAUGAUAACUACCUUUACUCCAUGUUUGAACUUCAUAACCAAUAGCACCACAAACGGAAGUUCUACACCGACCUCCGAUUGCUGCAAUUCUCUCAAAUCCAUCACAAGUAGUGGCACAGAUUGUCUCUGCCUAAUUGUUACAGGCAGCGUACCCUUCCAAAUUCCCAUCAACCAGACCCUUGCCAUCUCUCUGCCCCGUGCCUGCCGCAUGCCGGGUGUGCCUCUUCAGUGUAAAGCUGCUCCUAUUCCUUCGGCAGCUCCAUCUCCAUCUCCAGGAAGUACUUCUACCGUACCAGAGACGAUCACACCAACCUCUGCACCUGAAUCAAAAACAACACCUACAUUGGCACCACAAUCUGACUUAUCACCACCAUCUACCAGUGUGGAUUCUGGAAUACCCACUACCAAUCAAGGGAGCCGUCCCACCGUAACACCUUCAGCUGCUGCUUCCAGUUAUGUCUAUUCACCAUUUAUUCUAGCUGGGACUGGAGUAACCUUCAUAGGGUAUUUCUUGUUGUUCUAG